CAUUACCAUAGCAAUUAUUCAUACAGAGUAAAGAUGGAAUAUAUGGGGAGUAAAUAUGAGGGUGAUAUGGCAAAUGGCAGAAUGGAGGGGCAGGGUAAAUAUAGUUUACCAACAAAAACCGAGUACGAUGGAGAAUUAAAAGACGGCAUGUUUCACGGAAAAGGAACAAUACGAUUUCCUAAUGGUAGUAAAUACGAGGCAGUUUGGGAUAAAGGAAUUGCGAUCGAAGGCAAAUUUACAUUUGCUGAUGGAUUACAAUUUGAAGAGGACGAUUGGGAGUAUUGUGAUGGCUACGACAGAAGAUUCUAUACGGAAGUCUGUAAAGGCAUGGAACCAGCUGGUAGGUCUCAAUUGACCAAUGAAAAUCCCCCUAAAGAAAUUCCCCAUGGUCAUUAUGAUACCGGCGAUGGCUUUUACGAUCCUGAGACAAGAGUCGUAGUAAAUUACGAAAGGAAAUUUCUUCGUAAUGCCGAUGACGACGAACAUGAAUGGAUUGUGACAACCUGUCGGAAAGGAUGGGACGAAUACGUCGGCCAGCAGCCCAAAAUUAAAGUGUAA